AUGGCGGUCGGUUCCAGAAAGAAGCUGGUGGUUGUCGGCCUGGGCAUGGUUGGCAUUGCCUUCAUAGAAAAGGUUCUGAAACUCGAUGCAAGGAGUCGGGAGUAUGACAUAGUGGUUAUCGGCGAGGAGCCGCAUCUGGCCUACAACCGUGUCGGCCUCACGAGCUUUUUCGACCACCGCAAAGUAGAGAACCUAUACCUGAACCCGCAAGACUGGUAUGCUUCCCAUGCACCAGAGAGCAAACUUGGAUACCACGUGAACACACUGGUCACCAAGAUUGACUCCGAAAACAAGAACGUGGCGUGCUCCAAUGGCGACAUAAUCUCCUACGAUAUCUUGGUACUGGCCACGGGAUCGGAUGCCGUCCUGCCCAGGCAUACGCCCGGCCACGAUGCCAAAGGUGUAUUUGUCUACCGGACGAUAGACGACCUGGAAAAGUUGAUCGCAUAUGGCGAAACUCAAAAAGGCACAGUUGGUGCUGUAGUGGGCGGCGGCCUCCUGGGCCUCGAAGCGGCAAAAGCCAUGAUGGACCUGCAGUGCUUCGACAAGAUUAAGCUAAUCGAGCGGAAUCGUUGGGUUCUCAGCAGGCAACUCGAUCAGGAUGCCGGCGGACUCGUCGUUGAAAAGGUCACGGAUUUGGGCGUCGACAUCCUGCUGAGCAAACGUGUCGGCAAGAUAAUCACGGACGAGAACAACUCCGUAGCGGGAGUGGUAUUCGAAGAUGGGGAACAGAUGGACUGCACAACUAUCUGCUUUGCCAUAGGAGUCCGGCCGCGGGAUAGCCUGGCCAGGAGCGCCGGCAUCAAGUGCGCUGACCGCGGAGGCGGCAUCAUCGUUAACGAUGACCUCAGCACCAACAUUCCAGACAUCUAUGCUAUUGGAGAGUGUGCAAGCUGGAAGAAUCAGACAUUUGGUCUCAUCGCCCCCGGUGUUGAGAUGGCCGACGUUCUCUCCUUCAACCUCACACAGGCCAAGUUGCACAAGCCAAGAGUUUUCAAGCGACCGGAUCUGAGCACAAAACUCAAGCUCCUGGGUGUCGAUGUGGCCAGCUUUGGCGACUUCUUCGCUGAUCGUGACGGACCAAGCUCCCUGCCGGUACGAGCUGCCAGGAAGAAGACCGACGAACAGAGCGCUGUCCAGGCCGUUGUCAACGGUCUCCCGCCACCGGCGGUCAAAGCACUCACUUACAAGGACCCCUUUCAGGCAGUUUACAAGAAGUAUCUCUUUACGCCUGAUGGAAAGUACCUGCUGGGCGGCAUGAUGAUCGGCGAUACCAGCGACUACAUCAAGCUGGUCCCCCUGGUGAAGAACCAGAAGGAACUGGAAGUCCCGCCCGCGCAGCUCAUCCUGGGAGCCAAGAAAGAUGGCGACGACGAUGGUGCCGACCUCGACGACGACACCCAGAUCUGCUCCUGCCACAACGUCACCAAGGGCGACGUGGUCAACACGGUCAAGGACGGGACGUGCAAGACGCUGGGCGACAUCAAGGCGUGCACCAAGGCCGGCACGGGCUGCGGCGGCUGCAUGCCGCUCGUGACGACCAUCUUCAACAAGACCAUGACGGACAUGGGCGCCGAGGUGACCAACUACCUGUGCUCGCACUUCAGCUACUCGCGGGCGGACCUGUACAACAUCAUCAUGGUGAAGCGGCUGCGGACGCUGGGCGAGGUGAUGCGCGAGGCGGGCAACGACGGGGGCUCGGACGGGUGCGAGGCGUGCAAGCCGGCCGUGGCCAGCAUCCUGGCGUCGCUGUGGAACCGGCACGUGCUGUCGCGGGACACGCACGGCCUGCAGGACACCAACGACCGGUUCCUGGGCAACAUCCAGCGCAACGGCACCUUCUCGGUGGUGCCGCGCGUGUCGGCCGGCGAGAUCACCCCGGACAAGCUCAUCGUCAUCGGCGAGGUCGCCCGCGACUACAACCUCUACACCAAGAUCACCGGCGGCCAGCGCAUCGACAUGUUCGGCGCCCGCAAGCAGGACCUGCUGGCCAUCUGGACCCGGCUCGUCGACGCCGGCAUGGAGAGCGGCCACGCCUACGCCAAGUCGCUGCGCACCGUCAAGAGCUGCGUCGGCACCACCUGGUGCCGGUACGGCAUUGGCGACAGUGUAGGCAUGGCCGUGCGUCUGGAGGAGCGCUACAAGAGCAUCCGUAGCCCGCACAAGAUCAAGGGAGGUGUCAGUGGUUGUGUCCGAGAGUGUGCCGAGGCGCAAAACAAGGACUUCGGGCUCAUCGCCACGGAAAAGGGGUUCAACAUCUUCGUCGGCGGCAACGGCGGCGCCAAUCCGCGGCACGCCGAGCUGCUGGCCAAGGAUGUGCCGCCGGCCGAGGUGGUGCCGAUCCUGGACCGGUACCUGAUGUUCUACAUGCGGACGGCGGACAAGCUGCAGCGGACGGCGCGCUGGCUCGAGGCGCUGCCGGGCGGGCUGGCGUACCUGCAGGACGUGGUGCUGCGCGACCGGCUGGGGCUCGCGGCCAGCCUCGAGGCGCAGAUGCAGGAGCUGGUCGACUCCUUCUUCGACGAGUGGGCCGAGGCGGUGCGCGACCCGGCCGUGGCGGCGCGGUUCCGGCAGUUCGCCAACACGGACGAGGGCGUCGACACGGUCGAGGUCGAGCAGGACCGCGGCCAGACGCGCCCCGUCUACUGGGCCAAGGAGCCCGCGGCGGCCGACUUCAAGGGCCUGCGCCAGCGCUGGUCGUCGACGGCCUGGCAGCCCGUCAUCGAGGCGUCGUACUUUGCCGGCGCCGACGACACGCCCAACGGCAUCUCGGCCAACAUCAAGCGCGGCGACACGCAGCUCGCCGUCUGGCGCGUCCGCGGCAAGUACUACGCCACGCAGCAGAUGUGUCCGCACAAGCGGGCUUUUGUGCUGAGCGACGGGUUGAUCGGGCAAGACGUGCCGUCCAACGCGCCGCCGUCUCCGCCACCGUCACCAACACCGUCGUCGUCGUCUGCUCCGGGCGAGGGCACCCCCGCGGCCGCCGCCACGGCCACCAAGGAGCCGUGCGGCGACGCCAAGAGCCCGUGGGUGUCGUGCCCGUAUCACAAGCGCAACUUCGACCUGACGUCGGGGGCGUGCAGCAACGACGGGGAGCUGAGCAUCGCGACGUUCGAGGUCGAGGAGCGGCCGGGCGACGACGGCAUGGUGUACGUCAAGCUGCCGCCGGUGGAGGAGCUGGACCGCGAGCUGGGCACGGCGCGGUGGAUGGUCAAGAAGGGCGAGGCGGGCGAGGCGCCGUUCGCCGAGCUCGACCGCAAGAUCGACUUCCGCGGCCACCGGGCCAAGAAGCCCGGCGUCCGGCCCAUGGGCGACCUGGCCAUGCGCAAGCCCGUCCAGGCCAUGGCUGCUGCGGCUGGCGCUGGGGGUUGCGGUGGGGGCCCGGCGAUGGAUUGGUGA